UCGGAAGUUCAAAAGAUCAGGGGAUGGGUAAUUGUUGAUUGUUGCAGACUCGCAGCUGCAGUGAAUGUGCAGCAUUCAUCGACACGCGAAGCCGUCUUUUUCGUGGUGAUAUUUGUUGCAAAAUCGGAGAUUUUCACAGCAUUCGAGAAGACACCUUUUGAAAUAAAAUAUUCGUUAUUCGAGGAUGGCGGACGACAGCAUUGCACGCAGCUUUCAGCGUAUAAUUUUUUGGGAGGAGUUUGUAACUGAAAAGCUCAACAUGGAGUCAGCAGAUUGUCCCGAAGUGAAGGAAGAAGUUGAAGAAGAGCAGUGUUGUAUUGACAUGAGUUCUCCAUGGAUCUCGUGCGGAGCAGUGGCAGCUGGUGAACCGCUAACAGACCCUCUGUCUCUCGAAGGAGGGCAGGCAGGUGGCAGUGCGGGAGGCCAGGCAGAGAUUUCUUCAGGAGCAUUAGCUGCCGUGCAACAGUUGGCAGACAAUUUCAUUCCCCACAGACACCAGGCAAAUAAAGAUGCAGGCAGAGAAGGAAGGAGUACUUUAAAAGUCAAAGAAACUAGAUUGGAUGGAACUCUUGAAGUAUAUAAAAACAUGGGAAAAGAGGUGAGGAGUAUGUUAGAAGUCAAAGACAUUAAAGUGGAGAGAACAUGUCAAUUGCAGGAGGUCAAUCACGAAACACCCUUCACCAUGAGUUCAGUGAAGCAAGAACACGGCAGACAAAAUGACCGCGGCUUGUACCCUGACAUCGUGACACCGAGACUUCGAAUGACUACCACUUCGGCUGAGAGUGCAAAGUCCGGAGAUGACGGGCCGCAGUGUAGAAGCCCGCACUCGUGUCCUCCGGACGUACCUGCACUGUGCAGCGACACGCCCGGUCCGAAUGCCGAUCCGGAUGCCGAAUCUGGCGACGGGCAGUACUUCUGUGCCGACUGCGGGAAGUCGUUCGGGAAGCCGGUGUACCUCAAAGUCCACACGCGCAUCCACGCGGGCAAGCAAUCCUACAACUGUGAGUCCUGUGACAGGGUGUUCACGACGUUCGCUCAGUGGCAGACCCACUCGCGCGUGCACACGGGCGAACGGCCGUACGGCUGCUCGUCGUGCGAGAAGGCGUUCCGGACGAAGGCGAAGCUCACGUACCACGAGCGCUCGCACCACGGCGAGCGGCUGUUCCCCUGCGCCGUGUGCGGGCUGUCCUUCAGGACCCAGGUCAACCUCAGGCUCCACGUGUGGACGCACACUGGAGACGCACCCGGAUCGCCCGAGAGCUCUCGUGCAGACUCUGCCUCGUUCGCGUGCUCCGUCUGUGGGAAGUCGUUCAAGUCGAAGACAAAACUGACGUACCAUCUACGCACCAGCUGUCUGUUAGGCAUGUACACACCUCUCCUGGAAUUGUGUCGGAACGGUGACAGUGAAUUUUUGGAUACCUGA